AAAAAAUAAUAAAAAAGAGAAAGGGGGAGUGUGUGGAUCGAAGGGCACAACGACGUGCCUGCAACUAUCAUCAACAAUGAUAAUGGCCUCCAUUAACUUGUUUACACCCACCGUUUCAAACACGUCCUGUAAUGGCUCCCAUUUUCUCCUCUGUCUCCAGCUAUUUUCGACCUCCUUUAAACCCUAAUUUCCCUUUUUAAACUUUGGUGUUCUUCUUUUCCGAUUUCUAGUUUACUCAUUGGAGAAUCACGAUGAUUCGGCAUUUCUUCUGAAAAGGAAUUAGAGAUGGAAACUAGGUGUUGAAAGGGGGGGGGGGAAUUUCUGGGUUUGUGGUUGAUUUUGGAAUAUAAUUUACCAUAAUUGGAAAAACAGGAGCAGAGGCCGAAAAUGUCGGACUCGGCGUCCAAUUCGCCGAGUUCUUCGCCACCAGCACCACCCGCCGAUUCUGCUCCUCCGCCGGACCCUUCCACUGGGGUCUCCGCCCCUCCUCCGUCUGAUUCCGCGUCUCCGCCUAAGCCGAUCUCCGACCUGUUGUCGCCGCCGAGUCCACCGGCUCCGACUCUGUCGUCUCCUCCUCCGGCUCCCACGCUGUCGUCUCCUCCUCCGGCUCCGUCGGUCUCCAAACCUCCUCCUCCGGCUCCGUCGGACUCCAAACCUCCUCCCCCACCACCGCUCUCAAGCCCACCUCCUCCGCCGGACGCCCCACCUCCGGCCGAUCCUCCACCUGUAGUCUCGUCGCCACCGCCGCCCCCGACCAAAUCCCCUUCCCCUCCUCCUCCUUCUCCUCCUCCACCGGCGGACCCUGCAACUCCACCGACCGACUCCCGUAGCCCCCCUCCUCCGCCGCCGCCGGACGUUCAAUCGCCGCCUCCCGAGUCUCCACCAACAAAGCCGAAACACCCUCCCGCAGGACCAGCGAAAUCGCCUCCGGCCCCGCAGGAAGUCCCUCCGGGUCCUCCGAGCCCAUUCUAUGCACCACCACCCAAACCUGGCUCUGCUCCGGGCGUGCCGGCUCAGCCACCGCCUCUUCCGGGAGUUCCCAGCAGCGGAAACUCCUCGGGAGACUCUGUCCCACCUCCUGCCAAUGGGGGAGGCUAUCAAGGGAAGACUAUGGUGGGGAUGGUGGGGGGGGUCGCCAUCAUCGCGUUAAUUGCAGUGGUGUUUUUAGUGAGGAGAAAGAAGAAGAGGAGCAUGGAUAGCUACGGUAACUCACAGUACAUGCCUCCGCCAAACUUCUCUGUCAAAUCAGACGGAUUUUACUACGGUCACAAUCCGACAAAGGGGUAUUCAGGGAAUGGGGGUGGUUCCAUGUACAAUACGCAGCAACAUUCAUCCACCGGAAACAGCUUCGGGAGCCAAAGAGGGUAUAUGCAGUCAUCUGACUCGGCAGUCAUUGGUGGCGCCAAGACGCAUUUCAGCUAUGAAGAGCUGAUGGACAUAACCCAAGGCUUUUCUCGGCACAACAUUCUGGGAGAAGGUGGGUUCGGUUGUGUCUACAAAGGUACAUUGGCUGGCGGGAAAGUGGUCUACGUUUUUUAUCUCAAAUCAGGUAGUGGUCAAGGUGACCGCGAGUUCAAGGCCGAGGUUGAGAUUAUCAGUCGCGUUCACCAUCGCCAUCUCGUCUCUCUUGUUGGCUACUGCAUUUCCGAUCCUCAUAGAUUGCUUAUCUAUGAGUUCGUUUCUAACCAAACCUUGGAGCAUCACUUGCACGGGAAGGGAAUGCCGGUACUCGAAUGGGCUAAAAGAGUUAGGAUUGCAAUAGGCUCCGCCAAGGGCUUGGCUUAUUUGCACGAAGACUGUCACCCAAAAAUCAUUCACAGGGAUAUAAAAUCGGCAAACAUUCUGCUUGAGGAUGACUUUGAAGCUCAGGUUGCUGACUUUGGACUCGCCAGACUCAAUGACACAACUCAAACACAUGUCUCAACUCGCGUUAUGGGAACCUUCGGGUACCUGGCACCGGAGUAUGCAUCAAGUGGAAAACUAACAGACAGAUCAGACGUUUUCUCAUUCGGGGUUGUGCUCUUAGAGCUUAUAACUGGUCGCAAACCAGUUGAUCAGAAUCAGCCUCUGGGAGAAGAAAGUUUGGUCGAAUGGGCCCGCCCACUGCUUCUCAAAGCUAUAGAAACCGGAGAAUUCAGUGAUUUGAUUGAUCCGAGACUUGAGAAACAUUACGUGGAGAAUGAAGUAUUCAGAAUGAUUGAAACCGCUGCUGCGUGUGUUAGGCAUUCAGCCCCUAAACGUCCACGCAUGGUUCAGGUGGUGAGAGCGUUGGACAGCGAAGGGGACUUGAGUGAUAUAAGCAACGGAACCAAAUUGGGACAGAGCACGGCCUAUGACUCGAGCCAAUACAGCCAAGACAUCAUGAAGUUCCGGAGAAUGGCAUUUGGCUUCGACGACACCUCGGAGUCUGGAAUGUAUAGCGGAGACUAUUCUCCCAGAAGCUUGAGGAGAGGAUCAAACGGUGUUUCGUCUGAGUUCACGAGGAACGAAUCUGAGAGCCGAGCCUUCAAUAACCGCUUGUUCUGAUUUCAUUACAAAUAGGUGAAAAAAAAAGACAUCUCUGCCUUUUGCUUGAAUGCUGUAAAGCCAUUUUCUUUGCAUUUUGUGAGAUACUUUUCUUGCUUAGGAGCCUUUAGUUUUGCCUCUUUGACGCCUCGAAACUUAUUUGAGGCGGAACCCAUAGAGAAUUAUGGAGAUUGAUUUCAAUCUUGUUUCCUUUGAUGGGCGUUGCUUCUCGGAUUUUUUGUUGGGUGUGAUCUCCUUGAUCAAGAACCCUUUAUGAUUCUUAUGUAUGUGUUUUUUUACAAUCUCUGUUCAAGUUU